AUGCACUGGACGGGUACCGGGCUGAUUUUUGUCUCCAGCUGGACUGUGCAUCACGGCCAUUUCAGCCCAAUCCCUGGAGGAAUAAAUCCGGAUGACUCUGUUCCUGUUGCACAAGGACCCAUAUACCGAGGACAGAAUCACGACCUCCUUCAACCCCGCACGACCCUCGAGGAGGAAGUCGCGCAGAUCGUCCACGCCGACCUGAGCGGCUGGAUGAACCUCGCCGACCCGCUGCAUGAACCGCGGCGGGAUCUACGGCAGCUACCUCGUGCCCUGGACCCACACUGCCACCCAAGGCACUCCAUCCCAUCCCUCAAACCCAUUCCGCGACACCGGGAUCGCGGACGGGGUUCCACGGGGCGCGUCGACGGCGGACGUACGGGCGGAUGGAUGCCUGCGCCCACGCAUGUCCGCGGGGUGGCUGGACCAUCGCGCCGUCAUAGGCGGCUGCGGUACCUAGCGGGUGUGUCGCGGCGCGUACACGUAGGUCUGUGUUCACGCCGUGAAUCGGUGGAUGCCGCUCGGAAUGAAGAUAACGAUGCCACUGACACCGACAUGAUACCUACUUGUGGAUAUCCUUCGCGACGAGUGGGAUGCGAGUACCUUGCGAUCACCGCCGCUGGCUCGGUCGGUCUGCUGGUCAGCAGCGUACGCGGCGAAGCUGGCGGUGGCGAACGGAGUCUGGAGGCGGGUCGUGUACAUGCGUACGUACUUGACGCGCGCAGGCGGGCUGUGAACGGAGGAACUCGCCGUUUGGAGUCCUGCAAUGGACGACGCGGCGGUGUUUGGUGGAUCGAGUCAAUAACGGGCGGUGGACGCCGACGAGACCGUGGGGACUGCCUUGCGCACGAAAUUCGCGCGCGGGCUGGUCGAGAGCGGGUCUGCUGUCUCGCAUUCGGAGUUCCGUCUCUGUUUACCACCUUUACAGCUUCGUAUGCAGACCCAUGCCCUUACCCGGACUACCGCGCUGCACCUCUCUGCGCACCGGGCCCUCCUGCACCGAAUGGAGAGAGACUUUCGUCCUCCUUGGGAACCACAACAGCACCCUGCCGCUGCACCUCCUCCCUCUCCUCGAUGCCCCAUCGGCCCCAAGUCCCCCGCGUCUCCUUCGGGGACUACGUCUUCCUCACUGCCAGCCUGUCCGGCAUCCCCCCUGGAGGGCUUCGCCCAGUUCCUCUCCAGCACGUCCGCGCACAUCGACUACGCGGAGGGCUGCAGGCUGUGGUCGACGACCUCUCGGGGGUCCCCGCGGCGAUGUGGCGAUCGUGA